CGGGAGCUGCCGCCCGCUGGAGGUAGCAAAUGAUACGGUGAUUAGCCUGCCCGGGGCCACCGUCACCCUGGUCUGCCCUGGGAAGGAAGCAGAAGGCAAUGCCACCAUUCAUUGGAUGUACUCUGGCUCACAGCACAGACGGUGGACUACCACGGGGAACUCACUGCUUCUGAGGGCAGUGCAGCUCAACGACACGGGCAACUAUUCAUGCUUCCUGGGUGAUCACCUGAUUGGGACUGUGCCCUUGCUGGUAGAUGUUCCGCCAGAGCAGCCUAAACUCUCCUGCUCCCGGAAGAACCCCCUUGUAAGUGCUACUUGUGAGUGGUUCCCAAGCAGCACCCCCUCUCCUACGACCAAGGCUGUGCUGUUUGUGAAAAAAAUCAACACCACCAACCCGAAGAAUGGCUUCCAGUUGCCCUGCCAGUAUUCCCAGAAGUCCAGAAGCUUCUCCUGCCAGGUGGAAAUCCUAGAGGGCGACAGAAAUUACCACGUAGUGUCGCUGUGCGUUGCAAACAGUGUCGGGAGCAGAUCCAGCAGCAACGUGGCAUUUCAUAGUUUAAAAAUUGUGCGGCCUGACCCCCCUGUGAAUCUUGUGGUGUCCGCCAUACCUGGAAGGCCUCGCUGGCUCAAAGUCAGCUGGCAAGACCCUGAGUCCUGGGACUCACGUUACUACAUGUUGAAGUUUGAGCUUCGAUACCGACCUGUGUGGUCAAAGACGUUCACGGUGUGGCUGGUGGCCCAGCACCAGUGCAUCAUCCAUGAUGCCUUGCGAGGAGUGAAGCACGCGGUGCAGCUCCGUGGGAAGGAGGACCUUGAGACUGGCCAGUGGAGCGAAUGGUCUGCGGAGGCCACUGGCACUCCUUGGAUAGAGCCCCCGAGCACUCCCACAGGGAUCCUGGAGAACCCCACACAGGUCUCUGACGAAGACUAUGAGGAGGAGGAGGAGGAGGAGCUGUACAACCGGCCUGUAAAAGCGACAAGCCUCCCCGCCCUAGGGCAAGACUCUUCCUCGAUAUCGCUGCCCACAUUCCUGGUGGCUGGAGGAAGCCUGGUGUUUGGGUUGCUCCUCUGUGUCUUCAUCAUCCUGAGGCUCAAGAGGACGUGGAAGUCACCGGCUGUGCGGGAAAGCAAGGCGAGUUCUCCCCCGCCAUAUUCCUUGGGACAGCUGAAGCCGGCCUUCACGCUGGUUCCUCUCCUCGCCUCAGCAGGGCCCCACAACAGCUCCAGGCCUGACAGCUGUCCGGGUGUCAGAGACCUGCAGAGCCCUUACGACACCGGCAAUAGGGACGGCUUAUGCCACAGCUAGUUGUCUGGACGGGGCCUGGCAGCGGGUGUCAGGUCAGCACCGCCACUCCUGCUCACCUGGGCCGGGAGUGGCGGGUGGGUUGCAGCUUCCCUUUCGCAUGAGAGCCUUGCAGAAGGUGCGGGGGGGUCAGGACUGUGUGCUGCACAUGCUCCGAAGGCAGGGGUUGUGAGGGACGCAGGCCACCAUGAGGACAUGGCCUCCACACCCUCAGGAUAGCCUCAGGUAGGGGUGCCAAAGGUUGCCCUAAUUGCCUAGCUCUGACUCACUCCCCCAACCCACCUUUUAGCUGAACUCUUAAAAUCCAAGCACCUUUGGCCCUCUCUUUUCCUAGGCCGCUAAGGCUGGGGAGGAACUCAUGCCCACUCUCCUUCUCAAUACCUGGAAAGCCGCUGGAAAAGCAGCUGGAGUCCCGCUUGUGACGAAUCUCUCAGGGCCUGGUGGUUUAAGCAGAAUAAUAUUAAUCUCUUGUAAGAAGCUUCAGAUGUGAAUGAUAAUUCUAGGCACUGCUGACUGCAGAAGUUUUAUUUUCUUAUUUGAACUCAGGACUUCAGGAGAAGAGACGCAGAAAGGAAGGGGAAGGACGGGUCUCCACUGUGCCCCUUGUAGUCUAGGGGACACAGCCUCUGGAAACAUGUUUUCUGUCCCCCGCUAUUCUCCCAGGGGAGGGUGCUGUUAGUGAGUCCCUCUGCUAGGGCAGAGAGUAUAGCUGCUUUAUUCCAGCCUUGCUCAUACUGGUUUCAACUGGACCUGAGCUACUGGGAAAGACAAUA